CUCUUCGCUCACACACACACACACACACACAGACAGACAGACAGCAUGGCGUACAGUGCGAAGAUCGGUCCGUCCAUCCUGAGCAGCGACCUGUCCUGUCUGGGCAGCGAGUGCGUGCGGAUGAUGGAGUGCGGAGCGGACUACCUGCACCUGGACGUCAUGGACGGGCAUUUUGUCCCUAAUAUCACAUUUGGUCAUCCCAUGGUGGAGAGCCUGAGGAAGUCAAGCGUUCAGGAAGCCUUCUUUGACAUGCACAUGAUGGUGUCCCGGCCGGAGCAGUGGGUGAAGCCCAUGGCUGCAGCAGGAGCCAACCAGUACACUUUCCACUUAGAGGCCACGAGCAACGCUGGAAACCUCAUCAAGGAGAUAAGAGAGAGCGGCAUGAAGGUGGGUGUGGCCAUAAAACCUGGUACAGCGGUGGAAGAACUGGCUCCCUGGGCAAACCAAAUCGACAUGGCUCUGGUCAUGACUGUUGAACCUGGCUUUGGAGGACAGAAGUUCAUGGAGGACAUGAUGCCCAAGGUGAGCUGGCUGCGGAGUCAGUUCCCUUCGUUGGACAUUGAAGUCGAUGGAGGAGUCGGCCCUGACACCAUUCACAAGUGUGCAGAGGCAGGGGCCAACAUGAUUGUGUCGGGCAGCGCUGUGAUUGGCAACGAUGACCCGCGCUCUGUCAUCGCUCUCCUUCGCACGGUGGUGGCCGAGGCGAUUCAGAAACGCUCGUUGGACCGCUGAGACGUGUCCCUGUGUCCUCUGGAGACCCCCAUGGUGACACUCCACCCAAUCCAAGCCACUCACCACAACCAGCCAGAGGAACAGACUCAUUACGGACAUUUCUGGGGGGGCAGAGGUCAGGGUAGGGGGGGGGGUUCACAGUCAGGGCAAAGGGGAUUCUCUGUGGAGGCGUGAGCUGAUGGUGAAACCUAAAUCACUGUGGUGGGAGUGAAGCUGCUUCGUGCCUCCACAAAACUAAAUCCUGUCCUGACACGGCCUCUGAGCGGUUUAGUCAAAGUGUCUCUCGUCUUUGCCAGACUGGAGCUGAGGUUACGCUGAUUUCACUUCUGUCAACAUUCCUGAAUAUAAGUCUUAAGUGUAAAUUAUGGAAAUAACAUAACCCAAGGACAUUAUCUUCUGUUUUACAUCUGAAAUCAUGUUUCAUAUAACUGCUGUGCUCUUUUGCUGUCUCGUUGAAAUGGACCAGUCUCUGCUGUGCUACUGAGCAAAGAUAUUCUACUCUACUGAAAUCCAUGAGAUUUGGUUUUGCAGAUUAAAAAGACUCAAGUCA